UUGGCUCAAAACGGUUCUCUGCAAUCAUUCACCAAACAUACAUAUUGUCAAGCACUCAAGAAAUCUGAUUUCUUGACUACAGGCAAAACGUUGAUAGUAAAACACUUAUUAGGAUUAAAAUAAGGACCCGGUCGGAAUUCAUCGGACUUUCGUUAAGUAAAUUCUAGUGGUCCAGAGAAUGCGGUUAUGAGCUGUCCGUUGACCGGUAGGGUCUUGUGUAGGGGAGCAUGCGUGUCUGUUUUACGAUAACCCAGUGUCUCUCAUCACUCCAUUGAAGUAUCCGGGCUACCGAGCCGCGAAAGUACGAUAGUCUCGGCAAUUUGGAAUUAUCCAUUUGAGCGAGUUCAGUAAGUGACUCGGUUUUACAAAUGGAACAUUGGGACGUUGAUUUACCCGAAUGAAGACUAAGACUGGUGAACUGGAAUAUCGAUAGCCCUGCGAAUGUCAGUCAUGGACAUGGAUGCACUUUUUUGACCAAUGCCUCCAAGAUGAGAUGAUGGAAGAAGUGUGUAGCCCCAUCACUAAGCACAAAGACCCAAAUGGAUUUGUGAACAGGGUUUUCAAUGUUUCCCUGGAUGUUGCGAACGAGACGGGCACCGUGCGGAUCCAGGACCGUGGGCAGGAGGACGGCCCAGUCCCCUGUCCGAACCUGGAGGAUGGGGGGAGGGUGGCAUCCGCCAGAAAGCCCAGAACAGCCGGGAUCUGGAGGAUUCUCACACGGAGGAAAACCACUAUUGGGUGUGAGAGGCGGCCCCACUCCAUGAUCCUCCCUGGGGAAAAUUCCGUCCCGCAACUGUCGUUUGUUGACAAAGUCAGGUCCUUCAAGAAGCUGAAGUCCCCCUCUGUCUUCAAAGAGAAGUCCUUCAAGCUAUAUGGGACAAAAUUCAGCAGGACUCUCAAAGAUGACCCUAAUUUGGAAUCUCCCAGCCAGGAUUACCUUGGCCAUACAGAUUCUCAGAAAAGACCCUUCAGGAGCAAAGGCAAAAGGCACUCUUAUGCUGGUCACACAGAGGAAUUUGACUGCUCAAUCGAGGACAUAGAUCUCACAAGCUCCUCAGAAAACAAGCAUCAGCUGCCUCAAGACCUAUCCAGCAGCCCGAAUGGUAGCAAAAUGUGCGAAGGGGCAACCGACGCAAAAGGGAAAGCACACCCCAACGUCUCAAACAUCAACAGCUCAUCUGCCCAUGAAGAGCAUCCUUGGAGGGACUGCCCCAAGACGCCACAGGGCGGGAGGAGGUUACGUGGAGCUGAUGUCUGGAGCUACCUAAGAAAAAUCUCCCUCAUGGGAAAAGGGUCCUCUGGCAUGUCCGAGAAAAGUUUUGACUCUGAGCUUCACUCCCUGGACAAGACGAUCGAUUCGGAUUGUGCCUCUGCAGACUUUGAGUGCAUCCAGGACCACAGCGCUCUGUCCACGGCACCUGCUGCUGAUAGCAAAGGUGGCCAUUUCAGAGGUCUCUUUAGGUUCUUUAGCAGUGUGGCUGAGACGGCCAGGAAGUGGAGGAACUCUGCCCGGUCCUUCUCCCCUCCCGACGGGGAGGGGUCCCAUUUGGGUUCCCCCUGCUGUCAGAGGGCAGGUCUUUUUACCAGAGACAUGCCUCUAAACCCAGGAAAUGAGAACAUGGGUGCUGCAGCUAUGUCUCCUGACUCCGGUUCAUGUAAGGCCAUAUCACUUGCCAGUCUUGAAGGAGGUUCUCCACGGGUGGUCUUGAGGUCAUGGAAGGCUUGCUCAGACUCCCGAGGUCCCAACGGCCACCUCUUGGACCCACCGGGAACUCCACAUGGGUCCCCCUGCUCGUCCAAGGCCUCUGCGGAACACCGUGCUAGGUGUGAGAUUCCAGAAAGCAGGGUUUUCUUGGAGAUGGAAACUGGGUCAGAUUGCAACACUACUGAGCACGCAGGAGAUGCAGGAAAUUAUAGGAAUUUUGUGGAUGUCUCUGUCUCGAUCUCUGCCAGUCCGAGACAAGAUCAGGGGAAUCAGAGGAAUGCAGAAGGCACAGAAAACUGCUCAGAUACAGACUCUGCAUCAGAGGGAUUAAUGACCCUAAAGGUAAGGGGUUGUAUUUAUUUGUGUCUAUUCAUUCGAUUAAAACCCAGUUCACCAAAACCAAUGUUCCCCUCCAAGAAAUCAUUAUGUAAUUAAUGAAAGUAUUUCAUUUCUGUUUUUCCUUGUGAAAUAGGGAUACCCAUUAACAUAUAUGGUAAAUGACAUUUAACAUUACAGGAUACAUCUAGAACAUGUUUAGGACUAUAGGGAUGCACACUAGGGUAGAGUGUGGGGUGGUGAUUUGCAUUAUAACAUACGUUUAGUACAAUAUAUAGGCCAUCAUUUAAAUGUAAUUAGGAAUAUGUUUUAAAACGUGUAAUUCUAUGGUAAAUGAACAUAAUAAUCAAUGUUUUCAUUUCUGAUGUAAAAAAGUAAACCAGUGAAACAAAAAACAAUCUCACAAUAAAUCUUUCAUAUCAGUGUGAAACUAGAUGUCCACAGGGGCUAUUAUGCUACUGGUAUCACUAAAUGGAGAAACAUGUGCUACAUUAAUAUUAAAUCCAUUCAUUUUAGACUUCAUUUGCACUGUAGAAUAACCCUGAUGGCCAAAUCCUGAGAUAAAGAUUUUGCAAUGAAGAACUGGGUAAUGUCAGGCAAUUUCUGUUUUCUGUGGGAAAAAAAAACACUGCCUCAUAAGUCCCUAGAGACAGCUUAUGUGUUAAUAUUGCCUUUGAUAUUAGUUUCCUGCACAAUAUAAAUUAUACAGCUGAAAUACAGUAAAAUGGAAUUUGCCUGAGGAACGUCGUAAAGAUGUUGAGCAGAUCGAUCUAAUAAUUCUGCUGUUCAAUUAACGGCCAAUUUGUCUUUAUUUGGCAGCGCGGCUGUUUUUUAUGACGCCUCAUUUUCAGAACAUGAGCAGCAUCAUUACAUUUCUUAAUGGAAUCGCUUCUUCAUCCCAUUACUGCCGUACAUUCUGCCAUUCAUUCCUGGGGAUGGUCUGCCUCAUCACUGCUUUUCUUCCACCAUGUUUGCAUCCUGUCAGCCCCGUCAAAUAUUAACCAUUCAGGGUAAUGCCAUUACCACACAGACAAUGACUCAUUGACAAUUCACUGACAAAAAGGAGGUUUAGAGUUAAAUUUUCAGGUUUGAGGAGAUCCUAAAUGCUUACGGAAAUCAUUUUGCUCCAUCUACUGGAUAGUACAGGUAU